AUGGCAGAUGACACAGGCCGGCUUCGCCGUGAGAUGGACAUGCUGAAGCUGGGUGCCGUCCUUGCUGCACUGCGCUUGGCCAACUCGAGGUUGGACCCGAGCACGGCGUCGAGCUUCGAGGCCCGUCACGUGGUGUUCGAGGAUGUGGCCCCCAGAGAAGUCUUGGCGGAGCUCUUGUCCAAAGCACCUCAGGCGGUGCUUCCGGGCGUCUUCGACCCCAUCUUCACGCGGAAUUCGGGAUCCGAAGAGGUCUUCGCAGCGCUGGACCCCCGCACAGCGGCGGCGAGUCCUGCGACACUCGACGCCAGCGGCACAAGGCAGUUCAUUGAGGUGGUGCGACGCAUGAAACAGCUGGUGGACGAGGAAUUCCAACUGCACUUCUCAUCACUGCACUUCGCUCAACUCGCCUGCCGCAGCGUGGAACCACCACGCGCGGAUUCCGCGGAGAAGGUGCUCAACCGAACGCGGCGCCGAACGGAGCAGUCCCAGGAGGACGGAGCAUCUUGCGCCUUAUCCAAGGAAGAAGUGGAUUUCUCCACACACCUGGCCUAUUUGGAUCUUCAUAGUCCGGGUGCCACCACUUACCGUGGAGGGGACCUCAUUUUAGAUGACCGCAACGGCUCGCUCUCGCCAGCGGCCGGACGCAUGGUGGCCCUGGAGCUGCCCGUCCUCGGUCCUGGGCGCUUCCACGGUCUUGAGGCUGGUCUUCGUUGUCAUGUGGGCAUUGGGCUUAUCGACCAUAAGGACAUCAUGGGCAAGCAGAUCCACAGCCUCGCAGAGGCUGAAGCCUUGCUUGCGGGUUUCCAGCCCCAAUUUCGGCCACAGGACUGGCGUUGGGAUGAUGAGAACUUUGAGCGCUUGUGUGAAGUGGAGGCCUCCGAGGCUAAGGAAGAGAUCCAAGUUGAAGGUGCUGGUCUCAACCUAAAGGUGGAGAUCCUCUCCGAUCUGCCAGACCCGCAAGUGAUCCGCGUGCGAGGCUUCCUGGCGGCCUCGGAGGCAGCGGAAUUAGUGAAGCUGUCAGAGCCACUUCUUGAGGAGGCCGUGGUCCUCGACCAAAGGGACCUGGUCCUCGCCUCCUACCGUGCGAGCCGCACGGCAUGGCUGGAUGACAAGGACUCCGACUUGUUGGCCGAGAUCUCCAGGAGGAUCGAGGCUUUCACCGGCCUUUCUCUUCAGUCGGCAGAGGACUUUCAGGUGGCGUACUAUCACUCCAAAGAAGCUGGGCACUAUGCACCUCACUUCGACUGGGGGAUCGAAACGCAACUCGCGGAGGACUUUGGCAGUUUUCGGGACGGCCAAGGUGCAGCGAAGUCUCGGGGGCCUCGCUUGGCCACGUUCUUGAUCUAUUUGUCCGAUGUGCCAGGUGGUGGUGCCACCACCUUCGUGCGAGAAAACCUGACCUUUCGACCAGAAGCAGGCACCGCUCUCUUCUGGUUCAACUUGAAGCCGCCGGGCGACGGUGAUGAACUGGUGAAGCACGGAGCAUGUGCUGUGAAGAAUGGGGAGAAGUUCAUCAUGACCAAAUGGAUCAAUGUGGUCGGCAACCAGGCGGUGCUCCAAGAGAGCUACGGCCUCCCACGGAUCGCGCGCCACUGGAGACAAGCGCUGGAAGUGCCCUCCUGGAGAAGGCUGCCCGCGAGAGAAAGUGUGCGACCUGCGAGAGAAAAGGGCAGAAUUGGCCUACCUGAAGCCUUUCCAGAUUGCACUGCUGUCAAGUGCUGCUGCGCACUUUCGCCUUCGAGACUCGAAGCUCCUGGUGCGGCUUGGGCAAUCCGUGGGGUCCAAUUUGGACACCUUCACUCCGCAACAGGUGGCCAUGGUGGCUGA